UUUGAAGGCUUGAAACAAACGAACGUCCCGAAUGAUGGUUACGGCGUGCAUGUACAAUGGCUAUUCAGUUGUGUAUAAUGCGACUAAUCGAAUACCUUUUACGUAAAUAAAUACAGUCGUACAUAUUUUAAAAUCAAUGGUUCAAAUAGUGUCUGCCGAAAAUAAUUACUUCACUAGGAACAUGUGUACGUUUCGACGUUCAAAAACAGUGUUGGGCGUACAUCAAACACACUCGUUCCGAGUUCGCAUUAUUUCCACUUAGCUAUAUAUCACAUCAAAGUUUUCUCGUUUACUUUUAUCAUGAAAUUUGUGCUAAUCGCGAUCAUAUUCACAACGUUACACUACGAGUCAUCGCAAUACGACGUUUACUCGCAGCUUUUUAGGCCGUACAGCAGCUAUAGAUACGUACGGACACAGCGCACUAUGCCCACUAUGCCUACAACUAUGCCCACUAUGUCUACUAUGCCCACUAUGAGGUCUACUUUGUCUACCAUGAGGCCUACUAUGCCCACCAUGAGGCCUACUAUGCUCACCACGAGGCCUACUAUGUCUACCGUGUCUACGACUAUGUUCCGAUACGCGCAACCCCCGACAAUCCGCUACGGCGUCUAUAGAAAUUUCACACCGGAAAACAGGGGAUUAGUCGUUUUGAAAAAGGAGACGGAUGCCAAUCAGAUGCAAAGUCAUCUGGAUAAUUUGCUGUCUAGAAUGAAAUCGACGAUGAUGCAGAUGAGUCACAGUCAAGGAAAACCUACGGAUGAUCCAAAUGGCGAACACUACAAGGGAAAGCGUACGAGAAAAACAACGGCAUCGUUUAGAUCGGCGUCCGUGUAAUAUAUUAAGCAGAGAAAAAAUUAACGAACCGAGUGACAGAAAUAAUAAUAAGGGUGGGUAGCAUAAUGUCGGCAAUCGGCAUGCAUUUUUUUAAUAAUAUUCAUAAUCUAACAGAGUACCAAAUUAAUUUUUGUAAUUAUAUUAAACAACUGUUGAAUAGGUACUCGUGUAGUCGUGUAUAGCAAUAUCAACAAAUUAACAAACACUGUAAAUGAAUAACUAUAAUAAUAUGAUCAUUAAAAAUUAAAUACAAUCAUUGAUUCGAUUUUUAUUAACUGUAGUGUUCUGCAUAUAUCAUAUAUUCUGUAGAAUAAGAUGAAUUGCAAAAAACUGAUGAUUUUCCAAUAAAAUGAAACAGU